GCAUUGUCCCAUAAUUUGCUCGAAAUGCAAGAACAUCCACAACCACAUUUUAGCCAAAAAAAAAAAGGAAAAAGAAAAACCAAAGGCGCACAUAAAAUUCUAUACCAAGUCAAGAAAAGUUGAAGAAGAAAUCCGAGAAAAGCUCCGAGGUUGAAUAUGUGCCUUUCGUUGUGGUUGUACUAAAACAUGUGCCUGCAUUGCGCUCGUCUUUGUAGCUUCCUGGCACCUCGUCCCCAUGUGGAAGAGGUUGCAAACUAAUUAAUUAUAAGAUCAAAAUAAAUAUUAAUUUAGCAUUGAUAGAAGGUAGGAAACACAAAUGGUAGAUCGAGGUAAAUUGGUGUUUUGCGCUCUCUUGGCGUUGCUCGCUGCCAAUGCCAAUGCCAACGCCAACGAGGUAAAAGCUGUCUCCUACGAUGGCCGCUCCAUGAUCAUCAAUGGCACCAGGCAAUUGCUCUUCUCCGGUUCCAUCCAUUAUCCACGCAGCACUCCUGAGAUGUGGCCAAAGCUCAUCCAGCAGGCUAAAGAAGGGGGUCUUAACCUGAUCCAGACAUAUGUGUUCUGGAAUAUUCAUGAGCCUGUUCAAGGACAGUUCAAUUUUGAAGGCAAUUAUGACUUGGUGAAAUUCAUCAAGAUGAUUGGAGACAAUGGUUUGUGGGUAACCCUUAGGUUGGGACCAUACAUUGAGUCUGAAUGGAAUAUGGGCGGAUUUCCAUACUGGCUAAAAGAGGUCCCAAAGAUCGUAUUCCGUACUUACAACGAACCUUUCAUGUUCCACAUGAAAAGGUACACAGAGAUGAUCAUCAACAUGAUGAAGAAGGAGAAACUCUUUGCAGAUCAAGGAGGGCCUAUUAUCAUGGCGCAGAUUGAAAACGAGUACAACAAUGUUCAACUAUCAUACAGAGAAGAUGGUGAAAAGUAUAUAAAAUGGGCAGGGGAUAUGGCUGUUGGUCUCUACAGCGGCAUUCCGUGGAUCAUGUGCAAGCAGAAGAACGCCCCUGACACUGUAAUUAGUACGUGUAAUGGAAGGCAUUGUGCAGACACAUUUAGUGGUCCAAAUGGCCCUAACAAGCCAUCUCUAUGGACAGAGAACUGGACUGCUCAGUACAGGGUAUUUGGUGAUCCUCCCUCGCAGCGCUCAGCAGAAGAUCUAGCAUAUGCUGUGGCUAAAUUCUUUGCCAGAAAUGGCACCCUCAACAACUAUUACAUGUACCAUGGUGGAACCAAUUUUGGUCGAACAAGUUCAUCGUUUGUGACAACACGUUACUACGAUGAAGCCCCCCUUGAUGAAUAUGGUUUGAAGAGGGAACCUAAAUUCGGUCACCUAAGAGACUUGCACAGGGCUUUGAGACUCUGCAAGAAGCCAUUGCUCUGGGGCACGCCAAGGCUGCAACAAGUCUCCAAAAAUGUAGAGAUCACAACUUAUGAGAAAGCUGAGGAUAACAUAUGUGCUGCAUUCUUGACAAACAACAACACAAGGGAAUCUCAGACGGUCGAAUUCCGAGGUGAAGAAUACUACCUCCCAUCCAAGUCCGUCACCAUUCUCCCCGAUUGCAAGACCGUCGUCUACAACUCUCAAGCGGUUGUUGCACAACACAGUUCUAGAAACUUCCUAGUGUCGGAGACAGCCAAGUUGAGCAAGUGGGAGAUGUUCAGAGAGAGCAUCCCAACAACUGAUAAUUUGGAAGUGAAGAGCGUCUCACCAAGAGAACUCUAUAGUUUAACAAGAGAUACCUCCGACUAUGCAUGGUUCAGCACCAGCAUCUACAUCGAUGGAAGGGACUUGCCCAUGCGCCACGACGAUCUUCCGGUGCUUGAGGUUGCAAGCCUUGGUCAUGCCUUGCUUGCCUUUGUCAAUGGCCAAUACGUUGGUUUUGGACACGGUAGUAAUGUUGAAAAGAGUCAUGUAUUUAAGAAGCCGGUGAGUUUUAAGGCCGGAGUUAACAACAUCACGUUGCUCGCCAUGACAGUUGGUUUUCCGAAUAGUGGAUCCUUCAUGGAGAGGAGAUUUGCUGGGCCUAAAGCCAUACUUACUCAGGGGUUAAUGUGUGGAACUCUUGACAUUACCAGAAACGAAUGGACCCAACAGGUUGGACUGAGCGGAGAGAAGAUGGAAUUAUUCAGUGAGCAAGGCUCAAAGAAAGUGAAAUGGGGUCCCUUAGAUGGAAAUCUAGGCCCCCUGACUUGGUACAAGGCAUAUUUUGAUGCGCCGGAAGGAAACGAGGCGGUAGCUCUGAGAAUGACAAGCAUGCAAAAGGGAGUGAUUUGGGUGAAUGGCAUAAACCUUGGGCGGUAUUGGGUAUCAUACCUCUCAGCAAUUAACAAGCCAACUCAAGAAGAGUAUCACGUGCCGCGAGCCUACUUGAAGGACAAAGACAAUCUGUUGGUUGUCUUGGAAGAGACCGGCGGCGAUCCUCGGAAGAUCCAAGUGCUGACUGUCAAUAGAAACACGAUUUGCAGUGUGAUAACUGAGUUCCACCCUCCUAAUGUGAAGUCAUGGGAGAGGAAAGACAACAAGAUUCGCGAGAUUUUCGACCCCGUGAGGGCGGCGCAUCUCACGUGCCCUAACGCCAAGAAAAUCGCCAAAGUUGAGUUCGUGAGUUUCGGAGAGAACGAGGGUGCUUGUGGGGCCUUCGUACCGGGCAAAUGUGACUCCGCCAAGGCUCACAAAGUUGUUGAAGAGCUGUGUUUGGGGAAACAUGAUUGCACGAUUCCAUUUGAGAGACAAGCGCUUCUUGAUGGUGGCAAAGAUUCAUGCCCUGAUGUGGCCAAAACGUUGGCUGUGCAAUUGGCUUGUACCUAAUUUAUAACCUAAAAUGCUUAAGUUAUUAGUUUUGUAUAUACCAGUUUUACAUUGUUUAAUUUUCUAGUAUUUUGUAGAGCCCCUAGGUCACAAACAGACCAACUUUGCGAUUAUACGCGCGCGAUUUUUGUUCACAUUUCUAUAUCUACUCGUUACGUUAUUUAUUGAACAAAAAUCGCCUAAAAUGGGCUCUCUAUUAUGAUAUCAAUCCCUUGUAUCUCUAUCUAAAGGAAUGGACAUCUUUUCUUAUUCACAAUA